AUGGCUCACCUGUUCAGGUUAGCUCGGCCCUUCUUAUUGCCAAGGGCCUGCACUAAAGAGGUAGUAUUUCGCCUGAGUACUGCAACGAAGGUUUCCCAUGGCGCGGAGACUCCGCCUGCGCCGCUGAGAGUAGGGCCCCAAGGGCCCGCCCUAAAUGCCGCCGAGGGCCCUUUGCGCAGCAGCAGCUCGCCGCGGUUUGAUUCCUUCGAAGAGAUUCUAAACGCCAGUGGCAGUGCAAAUGACGGGGUGUAUCAGCGCCUGUCGGAACGUAGCAUUGCCGCGUACACGGCAGAGAGAGAGAGCGUCGACGCGCAGCUAUUGCCUGUGUUGAAGAAGAACAAGCUCGUGUUGUUUUUGGAAGGCACUGUAGACAACCCUAAAUCACUCCUAUCGAUGAACGUCGUCAAAAUGCUGACCCAGCUUCAAAGUAUCCCCCUUGUGGCUAUCGAUGUUACGGCUCAUCCAGCGAUCCUGGGGUUCGCGCUGACUCAUGGAAGGAAGAAACGAUGCCCAAUGCUUUUUUUGGAUGGAGUUUGCCUCGGAUCUCACGACGCGUUGUUGCAAUUAUACCAAAGCGGUGUCUUGGCCAGGCAGAUUGCAGGCGAGCUACCUCCUACAAGUCCCUACUUCCCUGGCGAAUUACCCAUUGCGCUGUACUGA